AGGUCAGUAUCCAAUCAGCACACUCCAGCAGUUGAUCUUCUAGCUCUCAUUGUGGUGUGCGUCAGGCAAUCACUCACUCGGUGUUCCCUGCAGGUGCAGCUGAAGUCCGCGGAGGAGGAGCUGCCCGGGCAGUUCGAGACGGUUCUGGCCGAGUCGGGCUCCAACUUCAGUGUGGGCCAGAGGCAGCUGGUGUGUCUGGCCAGAGCCAUCCUGAGGAAGAACCGCAUCCUGGUCAUCCACGAGGCCACGGCCAACGUGGACCCCAGGACAGAUGAGCUGAUCCCUCAUCGUCUCAACACCAUCAUAGACAGCGACAGGAUACCGGUGAGUCCUCUUACUCAUAGAUUCUAGAAAAGACUACUUGUUUAUCAUCAUAAAGGUCAUAGUAUGUCAUCAAGUCAUGUAGCGUUAUUGCAUAGAGCAGAUUAGUAAUCAAUCAUUACUUUAUAUCAAAAUAUGGAUCUAUAACUAAUAACUCAAAAUUAGGAAUCAUAAACCCAUGAAUUGUCGUAAAAUGUGAAGGAGAGUGAUGACAGUCAGCAAUCACAAUUCACCCUUAUAUUCAAUUCAAUUAUUUCAUUUAGGACGGCACCCAAUUUU